GUGUGUGUGUGCCUAGAAAAAAAUGCAAGUGUGGUUUUACUCGGUGCUGUUUCGCUUCCCCUUAUGCAGUUGGAUUUGGUUCCAAAGCUUCAAACGUGCGGUAGAGAAAUCCGAAGCGCCAGAGAUUUCUGAUGGGAAUCUCGUUCAUGCACUGAUGGAAAAUAAGAUCACCAAAUUUCCAAGGAAUUUCAAAAGGCGAGAAUUACCAAAGAUCAAACUUAACGUCACUGCUGAACUGAUUUUCGGGACCCCUAUUGCAGACGAACCAAACAUCCCGACCCAGAUAGUUCCAGCACGAAACCGACACUUGUACAAUACAAGAACUAUACAUCCUGCCUGUGUAAGAUGACAAACGUGGGUACCCUUUCGGCAGCAGUGCGUUACAGGAACGGUU